GUGCCCGCCCACCCACCACCCCCUGCCCCCCUCCCGCGGUUUCUUGCCCUGCGAUGUGUGCGGAUGCUUUCACAUGUAGAUCAAUUUCGGAGCAGUCGGUUUAGCGCAGCCUGCGGAACCGAGAGGCGGCGCAGCGCACAGAAGCUGCGCUCAUGACUUAAAUCGACCGAAGCGCGCAGCGUGUCGUCGAUUCCUCGAUGGGUUCCCCGUCCAAACGACAAUAAGUCUUCCGCGGUGCUCGCCACUCAGUCGUGAAAACAGCAUUGAAGCCGGAGGACCAGAGUCGAGUCAGGGAAGUCGAACUGAUCUUGCGAUGCGACCCGCGACUGCGGAGCCGGGCGCGGGGAUCGCGGCCCCGGCCUUACCGAUCCAGACCCCGGGGGAACGCGCACUGAGUGUCCUGUGGUCCUUUGCAAAAUGCCUGGCUGCUCUUCUACCCGUGUACCUGGCCGGGUAUUAUGGCUUCAGCAUCAGUGUAGUCCUCUUCGGGCUGAUGAUUUACAUGGGAUGGAAACACAGCCGCCUGGAGAAAGUGACGAGGCUGAAGUUGUCCAUGUUCCUUCAGGAGAACGAGAAAGCCUUCACCACCCAGCAGGCUUUCAGAACCAAACGGGAUCUACCUCCCUGGGUUGACUUUCCAGAUGUGGAAAAAGUGGAGUGGCUUAAUAAGAUCCUGCAGCAGGCUUGGCCCUUUAUAGGCCAGUAUCUGGAGAAAUUACUGGUGGAAACCAUCGCUCCUGCCAUCCGUAUGUCCAGCAUUCAUCUGCAGACUCUCAGCUUCACCAAGGUCAACAUAGGAGACAAGGCUUUGAAGGUGGUUGGAGUAAAGGCUCACACGGAAAAUGAUAAGAGACAAGUUAUGUUGGAUCUGUACCUGAGCUACGCCGGUGAUGUUGAGGUUAACGUAGAAAUUAAGAAGUACUUUUGCAAAGCUGGAGUGAAAGGAGUCCAGCUGCACGGGAAGCUGCGCGUGAUCCUCGAGCCUCUGAUCGGAGACGUCCCGCUGGUUGGAGCCAUCACAAUGUUCUUCAUCCGCAGGCCUAAACUGGACAUCAACUGGACCGGGCUGACCAACCUGUUAGACAUCCCCGGCCUCAAUGCCAUAUCGGACACUAUGAUAAUGGAUGCAAUAGCCUCCCACCUGGUGCUCCCCAACCGCCUAACUAUUCCCCUGGUGGCCGACCUGCACGUUGCGCAGCUCCGCUCCCCUCUCCCACGGGGAGUCGUGCGUAUCCACCUGCUGGAGGCCGAGGACCUGACCGCCAAGGACACGGUGAUUAAGGGCUUGAUCGACGGAAAGUCAGACCCGUACGCUGUUCUACGUGUGGGGACUCAGAUUUUUACCUCCCAUCACGUGGACAGCAACCUGAACCCACAGUGGAGGGAGAUGUAUGAGGUGAUUGUCCAUGAAGUACCUGGUCAGGAGUUGGAAGUGGAAGUUUUUGACAAAGACCCAGACCAGGAUGACUUCCUGGGGAGGGUCAAGGUGGAUCUUGACAUCGUAAAGAAGGCCAGAGUUGUGGAUGACUGGUUCAAUCUGAGGGACGUCCAAACCGGCAGCGUCCACCUCCGGCUGGAGUGGCUCUCUCUGCUGUCCUCUGCUGACAGACUGAGCGAGGUGAUCCAGAAGAAUCAGAACUUGACCACGAAGACAGCUGACCCUCCAUCUGCUGCCAUCCUAGCCGUCUAUCUUGAUCAAGCUCAUGCAUUGCCUAUGAGAAAAGGCAACAAGGACCCAAGCCCAAUGGUACAGAUUUCCAUUCAGGAUGCGACCAAAGAGAGCAAGACGUGCUACGGAACCAACGGCCCCGUGUGGGAGGAUGCCUUUACCUUCUUCAUACAGGAUCCCUCCAAACAGGACAUUGACAUUCAAGUGAAAGAUGAUGACCGAGCUCUGUCCCUGGGCAGUCUGAGCAUCCCUCUGAGCCGUCUCCUGGCCGCUCCUGAACUCACCAUGGAUCAGUGGUUCCAGCUGGAAAAUUCUGGCUCCGCGAGCCGCAUCUACAUCAAGAUUGUGCUUCGGGUUUUGUGGCUAAACGAUGAUGCCACUCCUACAACUCCCUCCCCGAGGCCUUUGGCCCCUGGGCCUGGCCUGGGUCAGGGGGGAAUCACAUCCGAGAUGAACCCCAUGGGGCCCGGCGGCUUAGCUAAACCUCAAUCAACAAGACCGCAGCACACCACGCCCGACGCAGAGUUUGCAACUGAGGGAGUGCUGCGUAUCCAUCUGGUGGAGGCCCAAAACCUGAUAGCGAAAGACAACUUCAUGGGUGGAAUGGUAAAGGGGAAGAGCGACCCGUACGUGAAGAUCCGUGUAGCCGGCAUCACCUUCCGCAGCCACACCAUCAAGGAGAACCUCAAUCCGACCUGGAAUGAACUCUAUGAGGUGAUUUUGACCCAGCUUCCUGGUCAGGAGAUCCAGUUUGAGUUGUUUGACAAGGACAUCGAUCAGGAUGACUUCCUCGGAAGGUUCAAGCUUAACCUGCGAGAAAUCAUCAGCGCGCAAUUCAUCGACACGUGGUACACUCUAAAUGACGUGAAGUCAGGCCGAGUUCACCUGGAGCUGGAGUGGCUGCCCAGAGUCGCUGACCUGCCAAGACUGGAGCAGAUCUUGCAGUACCAGUCGCAGCAGUCGUACCACAACAAGCUUGUGCCGUCCUCCGCUCUGCUGUUUGUGUACGUGGAGCGCGCCCACGGCCUGCCGUUGAAGAAGAAUGGGAAGGAGCCGAAAGUCGGGGCUGAGAUUACCCUCAAAGGCGUUUCCCACAGGACCAAGAUCUGUGAGCGUUCCACGUCCCCUCGAUGGGACGAAGCCUUUCAUUUCCUGGUUCGUGAUCCCAGAGAUGAAACACUCUCAGUGAAGCUCUCCCACAGCUGGGGUCAGGCGCUCGGGUCCUUCACGAUCCCCCUCAGAGAGGUGCUGUUUGAGCCGGGCUUGGUGCUCGACCGCUGGAUAAAUCUGGACGGAGCUCUGCCGGAAAGCCAGAUACUGCUGAGGGCCACGCUCAAGGUGCUGGACACUCAGCUGGCGCUGUGCCGCAGGGCUCCGGGGGAUGUAGGUAAUGACGGCGGAGGAGAGGAAGGCCUUCCGCGGUGGGUGCCUUCCCAUCUGGACCUGAGACACAGGUUCUCAAUGGCUGAAAGUACCAACUCAGCAGGCCAGGUGAAGCUCACUGUCGGCUACUCCGUCGAGGAGAGCAGGCUUUUCAUCACCAUUCACUCCUGCAGAGCGCUCGCAGCCUGCUCCAAGGACGGCGCAGACCCCUACGUUUCCUUCAUCCUGCUGCCCGACAAGAAGGCCACCACCAAGAGGAGGACCGCCACCAAGAAGAGAGACCUCAACCCAGAAUUCAACGAGAGGUUUGACUUUGACUUCUCUCUGGAGGAGUCCACACAGAGAAGACUGGACCUGUCCGUGAAGAACAGCGUCUCCUUCAUGAGCAGGGAGCGGGAACUCAUUGGAAAGUUGCAGCUGGACCUGGACCAAAUUGACCUCAAGGCUGGUAUAACACAAUGGUACGAUUUGGUUGCAGAGACCAACUAGAGGACUCAGCGGUUUGUCUCAAGUCCUCUUUCAUGUUAGGUGUUGCUUUUGUGAUCUGUAAUUGGUGUGUUUGUAGAAGCAGCUUAAAUGGACAUUCCCCCCAUCAGUAAAGAAAAUAAUGAAGACAUAACUGCUCCAAAAAAAACACAGUUCAUCAGUAUUUAGGAAACUUUACAUGUAGCUUGUCAUCCGUAAAGUGUUCUGUGGUGAAUUCCUGCUGUCCUGGACAGAUUCUUCAGUAGAAUAUUUUAGGUGAAUAGAUAUUUGAUAAUAAUGCAACUAUGUUGCACAACCUACCAAGUUUAUAUGUGGUGAAAAGCAUGUCUAAGUCCUCUUUGAAUUUUAUUCACAAAAGGGCUCAUGCUGUUGUCAAUAUCUUGAUAUGUUUAUGGAUUUACAGAAACUGAGAAAGAUAUCUUUGAAUUUAAUUUUUUACAACUUUCAAAUAUUUCCCGAUAUUAUUUUGUUUGUAUGCGUUUAUAUUAUUGCCUUAAGUAUUGCAAAACUGUCCACAAUUUGUCAGUGUUUAUGAAUUAUGUUCCAAAUGAAGUUUUAUAUGUUUUACCCAGAGCUCUAUUAAAGUUGCUUUUAUAAAUCAAAGUAUUACAAACCCAGAUACUCAUGAUUACCGCUGCAGACGGUGGUAUGAGAUUAUAAGCAGAGUCUAAAUCACUGAGCUUUUAUGAAAGCUGAAACUUUGUAGAUGUGUUGGUAGCGCUAAUGCAACAGGCUGAAGCAGUCAGCCGUGUUUAGACUUCAAGCAAAACAGUUAUGACUUUAUGAGAAGAAACCUAAUAUUAUACACCAGCAGUGGGACAAAAGCCUGGACACUGAUUGGUGAGGACGGAAAGAAAAUAGUGUUAAAGGACUGAAAAAGAAAAAUGCUGUGCUUUGACAUUAUUUGAACAUAUCAUCAUGUAUCUGCUCAUGUCGUUGAUUAAAAGUUGCGCUCUAAUGAAUCAAA